AUGACUCUGCAAUACCUAGAUUUUGAUAAUUUUAAAAAAGUUUUACAGGGCAACUUGAAGCACGAAGAGCUCAGAUUCGCCGACGCCGUCAAGAAACGAUCGUCAAUAUUGAAUCGGACGGAUCAAGAGGACUCAGAAGACGAGGAUCACUUUCUGGAGAGUCUUCGGAUAUUUAAUAUUAAGCGUUGA